UUAGGUGAUAUCGUGAUUUUAUGUGACUCGCGCUACCGAUAUGGUCGCUCCUCGCGAAGCGUCGUCUGUGUCGUGCGUCUCGUAUCGCGUCGAUCGUUUGGAUUUUGACGACGUUGGAAUUUCAAACGCGAAUUUUCGUAGAUUUGCGGCGUGAAAUUUAUCGUACAUCGCGUAGUGCAACGUGUCCUUUGAAAUUCGGUUCGUCGUGUUCCUGCUCAGAGACGCUCAAGUACGAUCGAUGCGUGCAUCUUCGUCUAAUCAAUUGCAACGUGUUUUUGACAUAUCACUCGACAAGUUCGUGAUCUCUAAAAAUUGGUGAUAAUUCCUGAGGAAUCGGCUGUCCUUUUUGAAAGUUGAUUGUGCCAAUAUAAUCUAUACAUUGUGAGAAAUAAGUGAAGUUUUUGUCAAACUGAAAACUUGAAUCGAGAGUUUAAACACGUUUCGAUAUUACAGAUUACAUGUUUUAUCCAUAUAAUAUUCAUGUAAAAUGUAAUUCGAGUAUAUACACAAGUCGAUGUAACAACGUGAUGAUUUAAAUAUCUGAAAAUCUGACAGUUAAACACGAAAAUAUACUUAAAAAAUUUAAAAAUUAAAAGAUUUAAAAACUUGCAGGACAUUGAAAUAAUAAUUGAAAAUCUAACUAUAGGAAGGGGGAAUAAUAAAAAGUUAAAAGAGAGAGCGAUUAUCCAUAAGCAGCACUAAACUUAUCAAGAUUAAAAAGUUGAAAUUUAAUAAAAAUAUUUACCAAUUUUGGUAACUAAAGAGAGGCAGAGAGAAAGAGUGUCUACAAUUCUGAUAAGUUAAAAACUUGACAGUGUUCCAUAAUGCAAAACUGAGACGUUGAAAAAAUUUCAUAGUAGCUGCAGCUAUCCUACCUUCAAACUCAAUCUGAUCAUUUAUAGAGAUCUCUAGAGCAUUCCAAGGUUGUGAAAUGAUAAUCAGCAAAUUACUCUAAAAAUCAAGGAUCAAAAGAUAAUUUAAGAAUUAAAUAAGUUUCUUCAAUUUCUUGAAAUUUAUAAAUUUACUCUGAAAAUCCAUUCGCGUUUGGUAGAGCGUUUAAUCAAAAGUGGAAGCAUUUUGAUGAUUCAUCAUCAAUAUGUUCUCAUAGAAGGAGUUUGCAAGCGAAAGUAAACGGAGAGAAGACUACAGGCACACAAUCGAGAGUGAAACGUGUUUGAUCUGCGAGAGUAGGUAUAUCCAUUUGUGAACGAGACAACGAAUCGACUGGUCCAUAUUCAAUAUCCUAUAGACGGCUACUUUUUUCUCCCCUCCGUUAACAUUGCAUUGGCGGACAGGUGACACUUGCUUAUCUAAGUUUUUGAUGCAUAGACUGAACUGUUAGUAGAUCAAGCGAUCACGUCGAUCUCUCUAAAAGACAGAUAGGGUGAUCCGGGAUAGGACUGAUCGCUGAAGAAGCGAUAAAACAUGUCGAGGUUGCUGAAAGGAGAGCCGACGGGCGGUUGUGUGAUUGGCUCGUGCGCAGAUCGAGGAUCGUAUUAGCCCAACUGGCAGUGACGCAUGUCGUAAGCCACGUGAGAGCAACCGAGGAACGACACGCUGGACGUCACGCAGGAUCGGAACUCACGAAGAGAGAGUGACAGCGAGGGAAAUAGAAAUUGAUAAACAGAUAGAGAAAGAAAGGGAAAAGAGAUAGCUGCGGUAAAAGCUUUUUUGAGAGAGAGAGAGAGAGAGAGAGAGAGAGAGAGAGAGAGAGAGAGGCCUGGUGACGAGCUUCUUAUUACCCACCGGAAGUCAUAUGCCCAUACACGCGCGUAAAACGGUUCGACAUAACAGUUGAAAAAUAAAUUAAGCAUAAAAUACAAGUUUUAAUGCUCCAGAAAACCGAUAUCAUACUGAAGAGCGACUAAUUAUUUAACAACGUGUCUGAUAGAAAAGAAUAGCUUUGAUAACAUGCGAUGUAUAUGAAAUUGGAUAAAAACGAAUCGACGAUGAAGGUAGGGGUCAAUUCGGUGGAAUCAUUCAUGAAUCAUGACCAGAUUUUACACGGAUGUUACGCGGAUGACACCUAUCGCGAAGCGUACAGCUUGUGAAGAAAUCGAAAUGGUAGAGUUGUGUGGUAGCGGCCAAACUUCUUCGGCCAUGGGAGUAAUGGGUAUCAGUUCAAUGGUGACCGCGGCGACGUCGUCAUCCUCUUCGUCGACUACCACGACUACAGGUGCCUCAUCCUCAGCGUCAGGACGUGCGGGCAUUCUCGAAACUCAAGUGCGCGGUCAGUGGUAUCGCGUAUUCGUUUCUUUGGAAGACGAUUAUCUCAGUAUUUCGCUCGAUGAGAGUUGUGAGACCGGUAACAACGCCCUGAACAAUGGUAACAUCAACAAUAACAAUGUAGACAGUUUGAACGAUCCGGAUGUGCCCGAUUCGGUAGCCAAUCAAAAGCGCAUUGUCCGUGUGGUCAAAAGUGACAACAAUGGCUUAGGAAUUUCGAUAAAGGGCGGCAAAGAGAACAAAAUGCCAAUUCUCAUCUCGAAGAUCUUUAAAGGCAUGGCAGCGGACGCUACUGAGCAACUUUACGUUGGCGAUGCUAUUUUGGCGGUAAAUGGCGAAGAUCUACGAGAAGCCACACACGAUGAGGCGGUAAAGGCGUUGAAGAGAGCCGGCAAGAUCGUCGAAUUAGAAGGUAGGAGGCUGUUAUUUGCUCUUAAUAUCUAUAUUUUAAUCAAAGUAGAAUGUACGUAA